UAUAUAGACACUGAUGGUGAUUUAAAAAGAGUCCUGAACAAUUUCUAUUUCUUUGCUUAAACAGAGGGCACCCUUUUUUUUUUUGGUUCUCUGUUCUUUGAGAAUUGCCCUGCAUCUGUAGAUUGUGUGCAAGUAAAGCUCCAUAGCCAACACCUCAAUGGAGCUUAGACUCAUUAUCAUUGCAACUCUGUUAGCUACCAUUUCUCUCCUUGAUCUUUCCUCAGCCCGCAAGGAGGGGCAGAAAUGCAUCAAGAACAGCGACUGUGACUCGGGCUUGCACUGCGAGACGUGCCUUGCAGACGGGAACCUGGUGCCCAAAUGCACCAGAACCCAACCCAUAAGCCCCAUUUCUCAGGUCAAAACGCUGCCGUUUAAUAGGUAUUCAUGGUUGACAACCCACAAUUCGUUUGCGAGGUUAGGCGAAAGGUCGGCGACUGGCUCUUUAAUUCUUGCUCCUACUAAUCAGCAAGACAACAUUACCGAUCAGCUUAAUAAUGGUGUUAGAGGGUUAAUGCUCGAUAUGUAUGACUUUCAGAAUGAUAUUUGGUUAUGUCACUCGUUCGGGGGCAAUUGCUACAACUAUACAUCUUUUCAACCUGCCAUUAAUGUUCUCAAAGAAAUUCAAGCAUUUCUUCAAGCAAACCCAUCAGAGAUUGUGACCAUCAUCAUUGAAGACUACGUCACAUCACCAAAGGGCUUGACCAAGGUGUUUGAUGCUGCUGGCUUGAGAAAAUUCUGGUUCCCAGUGUCAAGAAUGCCCAAAAAUGGCGGAAAUUGGCCAACAGUUGCUGAUAUGAUCCAGAAAAACCAGCGUCUGGUGGUUUUCACUUCGAAACGAGCAAAGGAGGCCAGUGAAGGGAUUGCCUACGAGUGGAACUACGUGGUAGAAAACCAAUAUGGAAACGGUGGCAUGAUUGCCGGGUCGUGUCCAAAUCGCGCAGAAUCAUCUCCCAUGAACACAACAACAAAAUCAUUAGUCCUAGUCAAUUAUUUUCGAGAUCUUCCAGACGUAACCCAAGCUUGUAAAGAUAAUUCAGAGUCAUUGCUUCGCAUGGUCAAUACAUGUUCUGAUGCCGCUGGUAAAAGAUGGCCUAACUUCAUUGCAGUUGAUUUUUACAAGAGAAGUGAUGGUGGGGGAGCUCCUAGAGCAACAGAUGUGGCAAAUGGUCAUUUAGUUUGCGGGUGUGGAACCAUCGCCAACUGCAAGGCCAAUAUGAGUUUUGGAGUAUGUCCAGAGCCUGAGGCUGAUGUUAUACCUACAGCUGCACCACCAAACACCAACUUUGGUUAUUCAAAUAGGGGGCCAGUUCAAAUCCAGUGGUUGUUUGGGAGUCUUCUUGUGACCCUUCUCCUGUUGUUGUCUUUGUAGAUUCUACAACCUGAAGUAUUCUCGUCUGCAUUCUUUAACACAAUUAAAACAAAAAGGAAAUCUAAUCUCUAACCAGCAUGAAGUUGACUGUCAAUUUGGAAUUUGAAUUAGUGUGUUGAAUGGGACUCAUGUGAUCAUUAAAAAGAAAUUAACAGACAGAAAAACAGCAUGCCUUCCAGCUUUUUGUAAUUGUGGGAAACUUUUGGAGGCAAUCUUUUGUCAUUGUGCAGUGCACAUGGAAGCAUGAUGGAUUUUAUAUUUCUUUUAGAUUUGCUGGGUAUAUCUUUUCAAUUGAUAACGUAAUUGUCUGAGUUGGGAACAUUUUUGUUGGUGAGCUUGUGGUGUGUAUAUAUAUAUAUAUUUGGUCUACUCUGGCUGCAGAGG